GAGUCUCCUUGUUGGGUGAAAGUCUUUAAAAUUGCUGAGGUGGGAGAUAGAGAAAGCAAUUAAGCGAAUAGAAAGUUUUUUGGGUUGUGUUUUUUUUUCCCCCCCGGUUGUCCGGUGCCUCUUAGCUUACUGUGGGCUGUGACUGGAAUACAAGAGGCGCUUUAUGCAAUUAUAUAGCCAUCCCACUCUUACAGAAACACUCUCUCAGCUGAAGUAAGUCUCCAGUGGUUGCAGCUGGUAUACUAGGACACAGAUCUACUCCCACACUUCCAGAAAAAAUGAUGAAAAAUGAGGUGUUUGUGUCCUUUGCUUUCUAUAGCACAAUCUUGAUUUUAAAAAUGUAUGUCAUUGCCAUCAUUACAGGACAAGUGAGGCUCAGAAAGAAGGCUUUUGCCAACCCAGAGGAUGCCCUGAGGAAUGGAGGGUUGCAGUACUACCGAGACGAUCCGGAUGUGGAGCGGUGCCGCAGGGCUCAUCGCAAUGACAUGGAGAACAUCUUCCCCUUCCUCUUCCUUGGGGCCAUUUACUCCAUGCUGGACCCCAAUCCUACUGUGGCCAGGAUCCACUUCCUGAUCUUCCUUGUGGGGCGGAUUAUUCAUACUGUGGCCUACCUCCUGAAGCUGAAAGCCCCCACACGCUCAGUGGCAUAUAGUGUGGCCCAGAUGCCCUGCUUCUCCAUGGCACUGCAGAUCCUCUUUGCAAUUGUAACGCGCUGGUAACAUCAAACGUAAUCGGAUGACACUCUAACGUGGCUUAGAAAGAUAUGACUGGGGCUUUCUCAAGGCAUGGACUAAUUUGUCCUUCCUCCUGCUGUCACUUCACUGUGGAGUGGUCUCCCAGAUGAACAGAUCACACCAGUUAUUUGCAGCCUCACUGUGCUUGCAUGUGUAUGGAUCAGGCUGCAGAAGUUGGACUACACAAAGGUGGGCGCUCUGCAUCCAGUCAAAUAAUGCAAAGCUGAGAUGAAACUGAUAUCAUUCUGGGUCAUGUUUUUUUUUUUUUUCCUGGGGGUCUUUUUUAUGGCUUCUCAUUGAUGAUAUGGGAGUAAACACUGGAGAUGGGACAAGUUCUGUUUCUUCACCUGGAGAAGAGCAUC